CUUCACUCAGGUAGCCAGGUUGCUUUUUCUGGACAACUGGUAGAGGAAGUUUUUUUAUAAAAACAAUUUCUGGGGGAGAGAACAAGAUACCUUUAACAUGGAUUCUCAAUUUGCUCACCUGCGACAGCGGGACACCAGUGUGUCGAUGCUGAGAGUCAAAAUGUCCCGCAGGAGGUCUCAGUCCCAGAAGGAAAACCGAGAACGGGUCGUGAACAUGCGCAGGCAGCUGGCCGAGCUCCCGGAGCUGGAAAUGUCUUCCCUUGAUGCCUCCAUUGCUCAGGUCGACAUGUCAACCAUUCAGGAGAAGACAUUGAACAAAGCCAAAUCUACUAAACACGUGGCUGAAGAAAGGAUGAAACAGCUUGGGCGCUGGAAAGAGCGUAAGGCUCUUGAGAAGGAAAAGAAACAGAGGGAGGUGAAAGUGGUUUUCAAGACGGGCAUGUACCACCCAAAAGACACCCUCAUCAUUCCCGCUCUGCCCGAAGUCCCAGGAUUCUCCACCAGAGCAAAGGAGACGAAAGCGACCACGACUUCAUCCCAGAGUGCCAGAGUCACUCGCUCCAUGAAGCAGCCGAUUGAGAGGCCUCUGAAGAUGCAGGAUUCAACUGCUGUGCCAAAAAAAGCUCUGGACCGAUCAACCCGGAGCCGGGUCGCUCCUGUCAAGCUUGCUCCCGCGCCAGCUGUUUCCAAGAUUCAAGUUUCUGCAGUGGAGCCUAUCGUACGAGCGUCGAGGACCAGAGCGGCCAACCGGCCUCCUGUUCCAGCAGCAGCUGUGACGAAAGACAAGCCAACGGAUGUAAGAACCACCAGAAGCAGAGCGGUCGUCAACCGCGUGGCCCCCUUUUCCAACCGAGAAAAGAACAGUCAAGCAACUUUCAACUGGCGUGUGGAGCCUGUUGUUGCCAUGGAGGCCGAGAUGCAGACGACGGAGGAAAAGCCGUGUCCCCCGAGCCCGGCCCCCUGCCCCGAGGAGGAAAACAUGGUGGCGGACCAAGCCCCGACCGACUCUGUCCCUGUUGUGGAUGCCGUAGCGGCGCCAUCUUUAUCUUCUUUUGCUCCAAAAGAUUUUAUAUUCCAGGCGCCCACUGGUUUAUCAUCCUUCAAGUUCAACCCUCUCACUCCUCGCUCGGCAGACUCCUUCCUCACACCGAGCAUGAGUCUUCCAGAGGUUCCCGCUUUCAAUAUUGAGCCUCAGGCCCCCCCGACUCCAGGCAGCCCUCUGCACUCAAAACACGAUGUACCAUACUUCAGAUCGGUAAUUGUCAAUGAGACGGAAGGACUGAUGACUCUGUGUGUCCACUGGGAGCCGAACGUGGAGGAUGAGUCCAUCCCAGAAGAGAUGAGGAACAGCAUGCGUACGGUAGUGGGCCAAGCGAGGCUGUUGAUGAAGGAGCGCUUCAAACAGUUCAGCGGUCUGGUGGACGACUGUGAGCUGGGCCGCGGGGAGAAGAUCACCACCUGCACUGACCUGCAGGGCUUCUGGGACAUGGUGUACUACCAGGUCGAGGACGUCUACAAAAAGUUUGCCGCACUUAAAGAAGCAGAGAGCCGAGGCUGGGCGGAGGAGGACAAGCCGCAGCCGCCGCCACGACAGAGGAAAGCGGUGAAGAAGCCAUCAGCUGCACCCGCCAAGCCAACGGGAACCAAAGGGGCGGCCAAGUCUCGCCUGGCUGCUGUGAAAGCGGCCAUGAAAGCCAAGCAGCAGGCGGCGGAGGCAGAGAAAGCGGCGAAAGACGGCGGCGGUGACGAAGACGACCCCAGCCUGACCUCUGAGGAACCGCAGUCCCGGGCCGAGCCCCAACCGGCGGUGGUUUUUGACGGAGGCUUCUUCCAGGUGGAGAGCCCGGGCAGACCACCAUCGGGUUUGAGGAGAUCCAGCCGCCUGAGUGGUGCUGUGCAGCCUCAGGCCUCUCCCUGCCCCAACUACCUCUCACCUAGAAGAGUCACUCUGCGAUCCCUCGCCGUGGCUCAGAGCCCCCUCUACGCCGUCGCCUCUCCCGCUCGGCCCGUCUACACGCCGGCCCGGUUCCGUCUCACCCUCGACCAAACCCCAGCGCCAGCGCCAAAGUCUCACCAUGGCACUCCCCAGAGCAGAAAGGACACUGUGAACGUCUCCCUCUGUUUCUCGCCCGUCAAGGCAGCGUCUGCAUCGUGCACGCCCGCAACCGUGUGUUCACUUCCCUCCAUUAAUGUGGAGGAGGAGGAUGAGGAGGAGGAGGAGCAGCGAGGCGAACCAGAUGAAGCCGUCGACGUCGACCUCCCCCUCUCUCCGACAGUGUCCCCGGCCCCGAGUUUCACGUUGUCGCCCUGUGGGUCUCCCAGCCGGCCCGCCCUCUCGCCCCCUCCUGCUGUGCGAGGUCUUGUGGAGGCCCGAGAGUCUGUGUAUCUCACACCGGACAACUUGGUUGUUGAGGAACUUCCUGGCUUGGACUUUGAGCGUUACCUCCAGCCGUCACUGAGAUGCAGCCUGUCGCCGCGGGAGGCGCUGUCCUCCAUGGUGGACGUAGAGAUGGAGAGUCCCAGAAGUCAGACGGAAGACCUGCAAGAACCAGCACAUCCAGCGGUGCCUUCAGCUUUAAAUCUUCAGUCACCACAGUCCCAGACAGCCGAGUCCGGCAUGCUUCUCUUCACCCCGGACCUGAAGGACCGGAUCCGGCAGUCCGUCUGUCCGAGUGACCUCAUGGUCUUCACGCCUCCGCUCUGAGGCGCAGCCCACAGACUCUCUGAUGCGUUUUGACUUGUUUUAUAUAUUUACAACCUUUUUACUCAUUAAAAAAGAAAAUUAUAUUAUUUUUAGAUGGCUGGAAAAUAGUUUCUGUUUUUACAAUUAAAGUUCUAGUUACAACAUUG